AUGGUAAACAUCUAUGCCAACGCCACCAGUAACUAUUUUAAUGUCAUUCACUCUUUAUGUUCUUCUCAAGGGACCACGUGGCUUCAUCAUCAUCAUCAUCAUCAUCCUUGUGAUCAUCAUGUCACAAAGGUACUGAGGGAGAGUCAGCUCAGUACAAAAGUAGAGAGUGACGACCAGCAGCACAAAUCUGAAGACAAAAACUCCAGCAGCAACACGUUGUCCAGCAACUCGUGGAGCAGCAGCAGUGAGUUCAGACACUCUGAGCAGCAGGGCCUUACCUACAUCGACGGGGCAUCAACAGACAGUGGCAUAGACUCCUUCUCCGGUAUUCCCCUGGCCAUGCCUCCUGUUUCUACGGCUACACUGGUCCUGCGAGACAUCCAAGAGGAGGGACCAGAUCGAGGACUGACCCAGAAAAUCAACCUGACAGCUGAUGGCGAUCUGGGACACCUGAGUGAGAACUGCAGUCUGUCCAGACUUCAGCUAUGGCUGACCACAGAUCUUCCGUUCAGCUGUCGUCCAAUCAGAGAAGUCUUUGUUAGGAUGAUGCAGUCCGACAUCACUGCAGGUGAGAAG